AUGUUUUUGUUUUUGUCAAUGGAUGUUGAAUUAAAUGUAACAUUGGUAACUUUUGGUGGGUUUGCAGAAUUGCACAAAUACAGGUAUCUCUAUUUUGUAGUUAUAUCCACGUUAUAUAUUCUGAUUCUCUGCUUUAAUUCCACUAUAGUGUACCUUAUUUGGACUCACAAAAACCUUCACGAGCCAAUGUACAUUUUUAUUGCAGCUUUGUUAAUCAACUGUGUUCUUUACAGCAUGAUUAUCUAUCCAAAGCUCUUAUCUGAUGUUUUGUCUGAAAAACAGACUAUAUCAUAUCCACUCUGUCUUUUCCAAGGAUUUUUAUAUUACACCUCAGCUGGGUCAGAGUUUUUACUGUUGGCAGCAAUGGCAUAUGACAGGUAUGUGUCUAUAUGUAAACCCCUGCAAUAUCCAGUUAUUAUGAAUAGAAUAACUAUAUAUGUAUGUCUGAUUUUAGCUUGGCUUAUACCUGCUUUUGAAACCUCAGUACUGGGUGUGUUGUAUUCGAAUGUCAAACUCUGUAGCUUUACUCUGACAGGAAUUUUUUGUAACAAUUCACUUUACAAGCUUCAGUGUGUGCCCUCGGUUGCAAUAUCUAUAUAUGGUAUGGUCAUGUUGAUAAACAUUGCCCUUCUACCUAUGCUUUUCAUACUUUUUACAUACAUCAGGAUUAUUAGAAUAUCUUACCAUUGUUGUAGAGAAGUGAGGAAAAAAGCUGUAAAGACAUGUUUACCCCACCUGCUGGUGUUAAUCAACUUUUCCUGUUUUAUUUUCUUUGAUGUAAUUAUAGUUCGACUGGAUUCUGAUCUAUCAAAAACUCUUCGUUUGACAUUGACGUUUCAGUCAAUUUUAUUCCAUCCUCUUUUAAAUCCAAUCAUAUAUGGACUUAAAAUGAAUGCAAUUUUCAAACAUAUCAAAAUAUUGUUGUCAGGACCAGACGAGGCAGGCAAAGGCGAAGCAGGCAAAGGCGAGGCUGAAGCUGGACCAGGCGAAGGCGAGCUGAACCUGGACCAGGCAAAGGCGAGGCUGAAGCUUGACCAGGCGAAGGCGAGGCUGAAGCUUGACCAGGCGAAGGCGAGGCUGAAGCUGGACCAGGCGAAGGCGAGGCUGAAGCUGGACCAGGAAAGGCGAGGCUUGAUGAUGACACAGAGGCUGGACCAGGCGUGGAUGACCUGA